CGUAUAAAUACAGCAACUAGAUACUAUAUAUAGAAUGAGGUAAGAAUGCAUCUAGUCAGAGUUGUCCAGGCAGGGGUAUUAGCCACAUCGUCGUCUCCAUGCCUACACUACACUUUUAAAAAGGGAUUAAUUCACCCAAGCAUCACAGACUGGCUGGUGCACGGAUCUCCUCGCUGCGCUUAUCUAGCUACUGGGAGAGCGAAACUUCAGUGAACUGUUUUAUGUUGAAAGGAAACGUUUAUUGAGAUGCCAUUGGGAAAACAUGCACCCUUUUUAAAUUGAAAUUAGAGAUGAGACAUUUGCAUCUGUUAUACUUUUUAGUCACAACUUUGACAAGUUCCUGAAUGGAGAAUAAGGCCAUGUACCUGAGUACAUACGAAGAGAGGGAGAACGGAUCCUUCUAUGAGGAGGGCUACGAUGGCAGAAACCUAUCAAAGCUCAACCUGUGUGAAGACGCUGUUUCUGCCAAGAGGAGAAGAAAGCCAGACAAUUGCUGCAGCCACCUGAACUCCCUGUCUGCCAUCAAGUAUGCCAUCGUGUCUCUAUACAUCUUGGUACUGCUGAGCAUCUUUGGCCUCUGUUUAGCAGUGUCCAGGUCCCAGAUGUCCUCAGAGAAGCAGGAGGCACUGAUGGAGAACAUGACCCGUAUGGGGGACCGCUCUCGGGAGCUCCAGCAGUCCCUGGGUGACAUCUCCUCUCAGGCAGAUCUCCUGGAGAACAUCUGGAAGCUGGAGAGCCUGUUCCAGAACCACAGUGAGUCCUUAAAGCAGCUGGGCCGGGCAGUGAGCGGCCUGGAGAGGGAUAUCAGGGAUCUGCAAGGCCACCGCCAGUCGACAGACAGCACCGUGGAGCAGCUGGGGGACCGUGUAUCCGUCCUAAACAGCUCCACCCAGAGGAACGUGAGUGGGCUCAGCAACCAGCUGGCCCAUGCCUCGGUCUCGCUGCACAACCACGACCUCCUGCUGAGGAGCACAGCAGACCAGGUGAACCAGCUCAAGGAUAGGCUGGAGGAGGUUGGCUGGACAGUCGGCUCAGUCAACCACACGUUCACCAGCGACAUCAGCGUCCAUCACCUAAAGAUCCAGGACCUGCAGGUGCAGAUCAGCAAUGCAAGCCAGGAUGCACGGUACAUGAGGGAGACACAAGUGCACAUGGAAGAGACACUGAAGAAUGAGGUAGAGAUCCUCAGCACUAUCACAGAGGACCUGAGGCUCAAGGACUGGGAGCACUCCAAUAUCCUCAAGAACAUCACCUCCCUAGAAGGGCCUCCAGGACCAAAAGGUGAGAAGGGCGAUGUUGGGCCACUUGGGGCCUCUGGUGUGGCAGGCCUCAUAGGGAUGAGAGGUUUUACAGGAGAAAAAGGAUUCCAGGGUCCAAGGGGACUAAAGGGCCCGAGCGGCCCUGACGGCCUACAGGGGGAGAAAGGCGAUAUGGGACCCGAAGGGCCCAAAGGUGACAGAGGAGACCGAGGACUGAAAGGCGAGAAGGGAGACCGAGGUGACCGUGGUGAAAAAACAGUGGACGAGACACUGGUGAGACUGGUGAAUGGAUCAGGUCCUCACGAGGGGAGAGUGGAGGUGUUCCAUGAGAGGCGCUGGGGAACGGUGUGUGACGACGUCUGGGACAAGAAGGACGGUGACGUGGUCUGCAGGAUGCUUGGCUACACAGGGACCUUCGAGAUCCAUAAAACAGGCCGGUUUGGACAAGGUACUGGGCUCAUCUGGAUGGAUGAUGUGGCCUGUGUUGGGAAUGAGGACACCAUCCACCAGUGCAAGUUCUCAGGCUGGGGCAAGACUAACUGUGGGCACGUGGAGGAUGCGGGGGUGACAUGCAACACCUAACACCCACCAUUUUAACUCCCACUGAGUUCAGUUCUAAACUGCAGAGUUAAAUUGCAGAUGACAAGCAGUGUGAGGUAGAGCAGAGGGGCUGCGUUCUGACGCCCUACACCUACUCACUGCUGUGGGCAACUGAUUUGACUUCAGACCCCUUUAGGGCCUCAUGGCCGACUUUGUUCAAGUAAAGUAGGUUUAACAAUAGCUGAACUAGAUUCAGUGCCUAUAAAGGACCAACUUAAAAAAUGGUCAGUCACAAAUGUUUGUCCAAUUUUUGACAGAUGACGCGAUUACGAAGAAAAUAAAGGGAACUAAUGCCAUUUGAAAUAGGUGUAUGGCUUGGCCCCAGUACGACUGAUUGGUUUGUGUCUGUCGAUUUCAACAUUUUUGUCUGUGGAAGCAAGCAUUGUUUUUUUAUCAUCAUGACUUAGAGUCUCUCUCUCUCUUUCAUUCUUCUCCCUUCAACUGGCUAAUGUUGAUUAUGUUAGAGUGCAGCCAAAAAUGCCUCUUUCUUCAUCGACUAUUGCAGGGGCGGUUUGGAGACUAACGGUUGGUUUAUGUAUGGAAACCAGGACUAAAGUAAGACAAAUUACAGCCCUAGAUGGCUUUUUAUAUUUUGGGAACAUUUUUAUGAAAUGGUAAAACAUGCAACGACUUGAGGUUUAUCACAGGAAAGGAAACAGGGAAAUAUAGAUUGUGUGAAAUAAGCGAAACCAACCGCUGAUGUAAUACACUUUCAAAUGUAAAUCAAGUGUUGCCAUGAGCAUGAUAUCUUUUAUCAUAGAUUUCUGUAGAUGAACCUAGACAAAUAUUGCUUUGGGAUAAGCAAAGAUAUGUGCUGAGGUCCUGAGGACUAGGUUUGAUAUACUCUGAGACACAUAAAUCUGGACUAUCUCUCAGUUUUUCAUUUGAAGCGUUGAAGCAGCUCCCCUUUAGACAUGGUCCUCACUUUCAUCCACUGAGGUUCAUGUUCAGACAAGUGCUAUUGAGGUGUUAUAGAGUGCUUUAGAGCAGUGGAGGUUGGUGGGAGGAGCUAUAGGAGGACGGGAUCAUUGUAAUGGAGCGGUAUUGAAGACGUCAAACAUAUGGAAACCACAUGUUUGACUCCAUUCCUUUAUACUAUUCCAGCCAUUACAAUGAGCCCAUAGCUCCUCCCACCUGCCUCCAGUGCUAUAGAGUGCUAUAGAGUUUUCUGGUUUGAAUACCUGAUCCGACAAGGUGAAAAAUCUGUACAUGUUCCCUUGAGCAAGGCACUUGACCCUAAUUUGCUCCAGGGGAGCCGUACUACUAUUGCGGAUCCUGUAAAACAACACAUUUCACUGCACCUAUCUGGUGUAUGUGACAACUGUCAAAGAUAACACCUUACUCUCUUUGUAGAAAGAAAUUAUUCUGGUUUUGUAGAAAUACAAAAUCCUGCAGUAUGUGAUCAUUACUAUUAUAAUCCACUCUCAAAUAUUCAACUAGGGUGCAGUUAGUCUGUGAACAUAGAGGUAAUUGUUGCAUGGAUCUUCAACUGUUCUGUGAAUUCAUCAGUCAUGCAAUGCCUUUUCAAGUACAAGGGAGCAGCCUGCACACAAUUUUGAUUUGUAUAACAGGGACCACAAACCCAAGUUCCACUUUAGGAACAUACUAUCAAAUACUAGGAUGCUAUAAUUGCCACAGUAUGUGAAGUCGAGAUUAGUUGAUUUAUUAUACCAUGGUACCCCUGUAACUCUAACCAACACUUUUAUUGGACAAGAUUUAAUAAGGACAUUUGAGGAGUGUAAAUAUCUGUUUAUCGAUUGUGCUGGUGAUAACACCCGGCCCACAUGAAAAAAUACUACAGUUUACUAUAGAAUACUACAGCACUUACUAUAAAAUUCUGCAGUAAACUGUAAUACUGUACUACACACUGUAGCAUCCCUCGAUCAUGUGUGGUAGUACUUACUGGAGAACAUUGGAAUACACCGUAGAAUACUAUAGUAAAUACUACAGUAUUAUCUGCAAAGAAAACACUAGUAAUUACAACAGUAAUGUCCGCAAAAACACUGCAGUCAGCAAAAACACUAAACUUUUUAAAACUAUAUUAAAUACUACAAUAUUUAAUUAGCAUAUACCCUGCCCAUUCCCCUCGGUUGUCACUAGUUACCACAGCCGCAUAGUCUUUUAAGCCCCGACCUAUUUCUACAAUUUAUCUUCUUAAAAUGUGAUUUUAAACCUAACUGUAACUUUAACCCAAACCUUAAACACACUGCUAACCUUAUACCUACCUUAAAUUUAGAUGAAGAAUAAAAAAAAAUUCAUACAUGUUUUUAUGUUAUAGCCAAUUUAGACUUUGUUUGUAUGGUAACUAGUGGAAAACAUUCCCCUCCCCCAUAUUCCAAUUUGUUCCACCCAUAAAUUAGAAACCUACAUGCCAAGUAUAGACCAUAUAUUGUGUUACCCACAGAUUAUAGAAAAGAGCAGAAGUGCUGAAUUAUCUGUUUAGACCCCAGUCUCAACUACAUACAGAUAAUCUUUUUAGUACUUGUCCAGUAGAUUUCCUCAAGGACAAAGCCUCCACUUAUGUCAAAUAUAAUAAAACAAAAACACUAUAGUAAGUACUACAGUAAUCUCUUUAAAAAACACUACAUUAAAAACUGUAGUAUAUACACUAGUUUUAUUUUACUACAAUAAUUAUACCAUAGUUAACUGUAAAUAUACAGUAUACCACAGUAAAUACUACAGUGAAUAUUACAGUAAAGUCUGCAAAACACUACAGUGAAUACUAUAGUAUAUAUACCAUAGUAUAGUAUUUUUUCAUGUAAUUUGAAAUGUUUAAAUACAGUGAAUGUGACAAUAUGUCAUAUGUUCAUUAGAUAAUACUUUGAAACUUGAUAUUUCUUGCUGAUAAAAAAAAAGAUAAUGUACUGUUGAAAUAAUAAAAUGGUAUUCAUU